UAACAUGUUUAGGGCUUGUUAUUAUUAUAGCAAUAGAGUAUUAUAUAUUAGCCUUCAGUGUUAUAAAAUAUUCUCUAAAUUGCUUUUGAUUAAGCAAUUUAAUGUGUGAGAAUAUUAUUGUUCACUAUGGCUAAAAUAUUUGAGAAACAGUGUGUUGAAGCAACACAAUGUACAGUUGUUCAUGUAGGAGACCAGCUAGAUCAACAUUCACUAAAACCAUCUUCACAACAACUUCACUGUGUAUCUCUGACCAGAGUUAUUACAGGCAAAAAAAGACAUCAGUGUUCAGUGUGUCUAAAAGGGUUUUCUGAAAAAUGUAAUUUAGUAAGUCACAUGAGAACUCAUACAGGAGAGAAACCAUAUCAGUGUUCAGAAUGUCUAAAAGGGUUUUCUGAAAAAUGUAAUUUAGUAAGUCACAUGAGAACUCAUACAGGAGAGAAACCAUAUCAGUGUUCAGAAUGUCUAAAAGGGUUUUCUGAAAAAUGUAAUUUAGUAAGUCACAUGAGAAUUCAUACUGGAGAGAAACCAUAUCAGUGUUCAGAAUGUUUAAAAGACUUUUCUCAUAAGUCAAAUUUAGUAAUUCACAUGAGAACUCAUACUGAAGACAAACCAUAUCAGUGUUCAGAAUGUUUAAAAAACUUUUCUCAAAAAUCACAUUUAAUAAGUCACAUGAAAAUACAUACUGGAGAAAAACCUUAUCAGUGUUCAGAAUGUUUAAAAGACUUUUCUCAUAAGUCAAAUUUAGUAAUUCACAUGAGAACUCAUACUGAAGACAAACCAUAUCAGUGUUCAGAAUGUUUAAAAAACUUUUCUCAAAAAACACAUUUAGUAAGUCACAUGAGAACUCAUACUGGAGAGAAACCAUAUCAGUGUUCAGAAUGUCUAAAAGACUUUUGUCAAAAGUCUGAGUUAGAUAGUCACAUGAGAACUCAUACUGGAGAGAAACCAUAUCAGUGUACAGAAUGUAUGAAUGAGUUUUCUCAAAAAGUACUUUUAGUGAGACACAUGAGUACUCAUACUGGAGAGAAACCAUACCAGUGCUCAGAAUGUAUGAAUAACUUUUCUCAUAAAGCACAGUUAGUCAGACACAUGAAAACUCAUAGUGGAGAGAAACCAUAUCAGUGUUCAGAAUGUAUGAAUAACUUUUCUCAAAAAUCACAUUUAGUAGGUCACAUGAGAACCCAUACUGGAGAGAAACCAUAUCAAUGUUCAGAGUGUAUGAAUAACUUUUCUCAAAAAUCACAUUUAGUAAGUCACAUGAGAACCCAUACUGGAGAGAAACCAUAUCAAUGUUCAGAGUGUAUGAAUAACUUUUCUCAAAAAUCACAUUUAGUAUGUCACAUGAGAACUCAUACUGGAGAGAAACCAUAUCAGUGUUCAGAAUGUAUGAAUGAGUUUUCUCAAAAAAUGCUUUUAGUAAGACACAUGAAAACUCAUACUGGAGAUAAACCAUAUCAGUGCUCAAAAUGUAUGAAUAACUUUUCUAAAAAAUCACAUUUAGUAAGUCACAUGAGAACUCAUACUGGAGAGAAACCAUAACAAUCCCUCUUCAAGGUGGGUUCCUUGUAGUGAUGAGGCUCUUGAUCUAGGGAAUUGGUCCUUAUAGUAUUCUUCCUAAGUGCUCCCCACUCUUGCCUUCCCCACCCUAUCUUUCCCAUCCCACCUCCUUGUCCUCACCCCUCCACUUGCCUCCCUUUCUUACUUUCAGCCUUUGGGGAUCUUCCCUCAGAAAUUGUAGUUCCUGGGUUAAGAAAGGAGAAUUGCCCUUCCCAUUCUGUUGAGGUCCUCUGCGGUGGUGGUGGUAUUUGCUGCCGAAUCUUGAUUAUCUAGGAUGUGCUGAUCCACCCUCUUGUGAUUCAGAAGGUGGCUUUAGGUGUCGAUCAAAACCAGAGAUAUUGUCAUGAUUAAACCAAAUGAACCAUAUCUCGGGCCUGUUGAAACAGUCAAAAUGUUAACCCUUUCAGGGUUUUGAUGUACUAGUAUGGCUUACGCACCAGGGUUAUUGACAUACUAGUACGCCUACAUUCUAGCGCCUUCAAAUCUAGCGAAAGAAAGCUGGUAGACAUACAUAUGAAAGAAUGGGUCUAUGUGGUCAGUGUGUGCAGUAUAAAAAAAUCCUGCAGCACACAGUGCAUAAUGAGAAAAAAAAAACUUUGACCGUGUUUUUGGAUUAAAACAGCAACUUUGCACUGUAUUUUUGUAUGGUAUUUAUGGUUGUAUUAUAGUUUUCCUGGUCUCAUUUAUAGAAUAGAACACAUAUUACAGAAACUGAGAUGAUUUUGAGUGGUUUCACAAUGAAAAGUACCUUGAAAUUGAGCUCAAAGUAGCAGAAAUGUUCGAUUUUUACCAAAGUUCAAAAGUAAACAAAUCAUGCCAAGUGUCCAUUACACAUCAACUGGUGAGUCUAAUAUUCUUUCACAAGUGCACUGAUAUUAUUUAUACCAUUUCUACACUAAUGCAGUAGUCUGCAUAACAGUAAAUCUUCUAUUUCUUGUAAGAAUAAAAAUUCAAAGUGGAAAGCAAAAGAAAUAUAAGAGGGGCCUGGGGAUGUGACUAACGAACAGAGAACUUGUUAUUUUAGUGCCAGGAAUGUCUUUCUUGUUUAUUCUGGACCCUAUUUGGAAGUUGGCAUCUUCUGAAAUUUGUGUGAAAUUGGCAAAAUUGCCAAUUUCUAACCACUUUAUUGGAUAAUUGAAAUUGGUAAAUGGGUGGUUUCUUGUACUCAUUCGAUAGAAAAAAUUGAGUUCUAUCGAAAUAUAAUUUUUGUCGACUAGUACACAGGAAUUCGCCAAAACUAGGGCUCAAAGUGGGCAGAAUCGCCAAUGCUUAAACAUCGGCAAGAUCGCUAACUUCGCGAGAGCAUAAUUUUGUAAGUUUCCAUCAAAUUCUCUUCAAGAGGGGCUCCUUGGCAUGGUGAAGAGGCUCUUGGCCUGAGGAAUUAGACCUGUCGGUCUCCUUCCUCAGACUGAACCUAAUUACCCCCCAAUCCCCCAUUCCCUAUCCCAUCCUCCACAUCCUCCCCUUUUUCCUUUCCUCCUCCUCCUCCCCACCCCUCCCUUUUGCCCUUCCUUUUUUUUUUUUUUCCCACAGUCACGCUAGUUCCUAGGUAGGGGAAAGGGUACCGGGGUACAUCCCAUUCCGUUGAGGUUCUUGGCGGUGGCGUAGUUUGCCGUGGAAUCUAGAUUGCCUGGGGAUGUCCCGAUCCCUCUCAGGUAUCCCGGAGGGUGGCUUUGGGUGUCUCGGGUGACGGGUGUAUCUCUGGAAGCCACCUUUCGGAUUCCGGGGGUGGUGGCUGAAGGAGGUAUGCUUUGUGGCGGAUUUCCAGCCGCCCUCU